AUGACUUUGGCUCGCUAUCGGCAGGAUGUUGAGGAGGAGGUUAGCAUUGGAAUUUCCGCCUUCUCACUGGCCAAGGUAGAAACCCUAGAUUUGCGAGACCGCGCUGGGCAGGCCUGCUUUCUCUGCUUGGAGACUCCACUCCAAGGACAGUACGCUCUUCCCAUACCAUGCCUACGACCAACAAGACCCCGCCGAAUUACUCAAUACACUGGACUUUCUACGAACCCAAACAACCGAAAACCAAGUGACGAAUGCGAUGUGAGAAUGUCAGAAUGGGGAGAGCCAUGCAUCAGGCUCGCUGCAAAGGAAGCAGAACAACGGCUCAAACUCCUUGAUGACAUCCAGCACCUAAAGAAGUGUGCUCGCGAUCCAGCGAGCGCCAACGGGUUACGAACGCUUGAGGGAAUGGCACAAGAAAGUUGUAUCUAUGAUGUCAAGUAUGAGUAG